UGAUGGUUGACUCGGGCGGGCAUGGUGUAAUAUGUCAUUAUCAGAGGUGGAUAUCCUAUACCUAACUGUCACUGCCUGACACUUGAUGUCAGUUGACCUAAGAUGUGCUAGUUAAGUGCCGGAGUUAUACCAGAACUGGACAUCAAGGAAAAAUGUUGUACACAGUUUUAAACAACACUUGACAACACCUCAAUCAGAUGACCCUCACAGCUAAUGUAUCCUAUAAAUAGCAAGGGUCUCGAGAUCCACAUGACAGCAGACUCUCAGUGACGCAGUUGACAUUGUGCCGUGCACUUGAGAAGAACUUGCUUUGCACAUUUUGGGAGGAGGUAACAGGGACAGAGGACUUGGCCGAGGCACGAUCACAGUUGGAGAACCACUCUUGGGAUUUGGAAGCUGCAGUUCAGGACCACCUUGCUCUGAGAGAGAGCCCACCCCCAACACCUCGAGCCUCACCACAGGAAAUGGUAGAUAGAGGAGGAGGCGGGGAAGGUAGUGGUGAUGUCAGCAGAGAUGACAGUGAUGAAGGGAUGGACAGUCCGCAAGGGUUUGGCAACACAGAUAGAGGUAGCUUGUUUCCUGCUAGGCCACGGAGUAGCCUGCUCAGCUGGGGCUACUAUUUGAUCACACUACCAUUCCGUCUCACGCUCUCCUCCCUCUCUUCGCUCUUCUUCUUCGUGUACCGGAUUGUCUACCCAUAUCCACGAAGAUUAACUGAUCCUCUUGGGGAUGUGCUGCGGUUUAUUGGAGAAUAUGAGAAUGAGUAUGGGCAGCAGCACCCGGCAUUCUUUCAAGGUUCAUACUCUCAAGCUUUGAGCCAUGCUAAGUCAGAACUGAAAUUCAUGUUAGUUUAUUUGCACUGUGCUGAUCAUCAGGACACACCAGUCUUCUGCAGAACCACACUGUCAGAUCCCAAUCUUGUGGAAUAUGUUAACAACACCAUGGUGUUUUGGGGCUGCUCCGUCACCACUGCAGAAGGCUACAGGGUUUCCCAGGCCUUGAGAGAGAACGCUUACCCUUUCCUGGCUCUGAUUGUUUUGCGUGAUGGCCGCAUGACAGUCAUUGGAAGGUUAGAGGGGCCUAGUUCACCCUCCCAACUAACUACACAACUUCAAGCCUUUGUUCGAGACAAUGAAGCUCAUCUUGUGGUGGCCAGAGCUGAGAGGCAAGAACGAGAGCUAACAGCUGCCCUAAGGCUGCAGCAAGAUGAAGAUUACCAGGAGAGCUUGAGGGCAGACCAAGAAAAGGAACGUAAAAAGCAGCAGGAAAGAGAACAAGCAGAGCGUAUUGAGCUUGAAGAGAGAGAAAAAGAGGAGGAUCAGCAGCGACAGAAAGACAACAUUAGACGGCUUAAGGUGGAGAUGGUAGAUAAUGUUCCACAGGAGCCAGAGGAGGGUGUGGACGGAGUGGUACACAUUGUGGUGAAACUGCCUCAGGGAACUCGCUUAGAGAGACGAUUCCUCAAAACCGAAAGUCUCUCAUGUUUGUACUACUACAUUUUCUGUCACCCGGACUCUCCAGACAGAUUCCAGGUGACAACAAACUUCCCAAGACAAGUUGUGCCAUGUGAACCAACAACAUCAAAUCCUCUGCCGCCAACAUUCGAAGAGUUUCGUCUGCCACCCCGGAGUAUGCUCUUUGUGUCAGAUUUAGAUGCGUGAGUUGGGUUAAUAUUGUCCAAAUGUGAUAAACAGAGGCCCUGGGUCAUAUUACAGCAUGCUUUUGAGCCAUAUUUAACAACAUAGCUUGCAUAAAUAAAUUCCUUACAGCAUAAAAGCUGCUAUAAUGUGGCUAUACGAAUUCUCGACUAACCCACAAAUUAGAAAUAGUUCUUGAUGUUUUGGUCCAAGAUGGACUGAAAUGUCCUUUAAAGAUUUAUCUCUGAUUUUUAAGUUAGUUGUGAAUUGUGAACAAAUUGCUUGUUCAUCUAAGUCCUGGCAGUUAGUUUUCGGCAUCUACAACCAGGUUAGCCAGUUGCACGAUUAAGGAUUUUACAGAUCAGUUUUCUUAUAUUCUAGGGCUUAAACAUGUAAUUGCUAGAAAGGAACCCAUGCAGAGCUUGGUUAUCCCGUUUUUUCUUAGAAAACCAUAAUGUACUGUAUAAAUAUACAGGAAUGUAAAGGCCCUGGAGAGAGGUUAUGAUUAUUUCUAUUUGACUUAUUGGUCUUCAAGUUAAGGAUGGUAUAUGUACCUAAUAUUUUCUGAAUAACUGGUUUAACAAAAGUCUAAACAAUUUAUACAGUAAAUAACCAUAAAAAAUUAUGAAUGAAUGAUGGACAGAUGGUUGAACAUAGCCACUUUUUACAACUUUGAAAAGGAUUGUACAUUACAGAAUAAUUAUUUUAAUUUGCUUUUUUUUCAAGGAGGGUGGUUGAUAGAAAAUAUAAUUUUCUUUGUUGAACAAUUAUUUAAUAAAGUUGGAAAUGGGUUA